AUGGGGACAGACGAGGGGGCCAGUCAGGAUGGAGCCAGGCAGGACGGGACCAGCAGCCCCCCGCCCCCCCCCCAGCCAGCGUGGCGGAUCCGGGGCACCCCCCCGGCAGAGACCUUCUCGGCCAUGCUGAGCGUCCGGAGGGCUCUUGGCUCCGAGGGCCGCCUCCUCCGCCGCCUCCGCUCCUACCUGAGGGAGGAGAGCGCCCGCCUGCGCCGCAUCGCCAGGUUUUAUGAGAAGGUCCAGGCCCUGCACCAGGACCCCAAGGCCUCAGUGGACAACCCCUUGCUGGCCUUCAGCCUCAUCAAGCGCCUCCACUCUGACUGGCCCAACAUCAUCUACAGCAACGAGGCCACUGAGAACAUCCAGGCACUCCAUGCCGGCUUCAAGGAGGUGGAGCAGGAGCUGCCUGGAGCUGAAGACCUGGACGGGGCUGCCCGGGCACUGAUGCGGCUGCAGGACGUCUACGCCCUCAGUGUCAAGGGCAUGGCCAACGGAGUCUUCCAGCGAACCGGUGCCGGCCGGCCACCCCUCUACAGCCCCGGUCGGCGUGUCUCCCUCUCUGCCGAUGACUGCUUCCACGUGGGCAAGGUGGCCUAUGACACGGGUGACUACUACCACUCCAUCGCGUGGCUGGAGGAGGCCGUCGACCUCUUCCGUCUCUCCUACGGCAACUGGAACCCCGAGGACCGGAGCAGCCUGGAGGAUGCUCUGGAUCAUCUCGCCUUCUCCUACUUCAUGGCUGGAAACAUCUCCCAUGCCUUGAGCCUCUCCAGGGAGUUUCUCCAUUACGACCCCAGUAAUCAAAGGGUGGUGAGGAACGUGGCCAAGUACAAGAAGCUGCUGGAGAUGGGGACAGUGGCGAAGGUUGGACCCCUCCAACGCCCCAACGGCACCCGCCUGCAGAGCCGUGACGCCUACGAGGAGCUGUGCCAGCGCCCGAGGGGGCAGCCAGCCCCGGAGCAUCUUCCACACCUCGGCUGUUCCUACGAGACCAACGGCAACCCCUACCUCCUUCUCCAACCUGCCAAGAAGGAGAUGGUCUGGAUCCAACCCUACGUGGCUUUGUACCACGAUUUCAUCAGCGACGCCGAAGCUGAGACCAUCAAGGGGUUGGCAGGGCCCUGGCUGCAGAGGUCCGUGGUCGCCUCUGGGGAGAAGCAGCAGAAAGCCGAAUACCGGAUAAGCAAGAGCGCCUGGCUGAAGGACACUGCUGAUCCGGUGGUGCGGGCCUUGGAGCAGCGCAUCGCCGCUGUCACCGGCCUGGACCUGCGGCCACCCUACGCCGAGUACCUGCAGGUGGUCAACUACGGGUUGGGAGGCCACUACGAGCCACACUUCGACCACGCCACGUCCAGGAAGAGCCCCCUUUACAGAAUGAAGUCAGGCAACAGGAUCGCCACCGUCAUGAUCUACCUGAGCGCGGUGGAAGCCGGAGGUUCCACCGCCUUCGUCUACGCCAACUUCAGCGUGCCCGUGGUUAAGAACGCAGCUCUCUUCUGGUGGAACCUACGGAGGAACGGGGACGGUGACGGGGACACCCUACACGCCGGCUGCCCCGUCCUGGCCGGGGACAAGUGGGUGGCGAAUAAGUGGAUCCACGAGCACGGGCAGGAGUUUCGGAGGCCGUGCAGCGCCGACCCACAAGACUGAGCCGCCGUGGCCACGAGGACAUGGCACCCAGGGGUGACAAAGCCACCCCGGGGCAGCGUGUCCCCGAGGCUGCAGCAAGAGGAGGGAGGG